GUUACAAAGACAUCCGAAGACCUAAUAAUUUUAUUGAAAAUUAUACUGGAAUAACUUUUUUUAAGUAGCUAAUAUAAGUGAUAACCAGAGCUUAGCUUAAAAAAGCGCUUAUAAUCACCAUUAUAAGCACUCAAUAAAGCAUUUAAAAAAUUUAAAUUUGAGCAAAAAUAUUUAAUCAAAAAAUUAUUAUUCGUAAAAAUUUAAAUAAACUACAUAGUAUUUUAUGAUUGCUGUUGACUGACAUCAAAAUAUUAAUUAUUACAGAUAAUUUUAAUCAGUUUAUAGAUUUUGAGGAAAAAGAUCAAUUAUAUAAUAAUAUGGAACCAAUCAACUACGAUGAGGAAACCAAAGAUAUUGUAAUACAAUUUUUUAAUUAUACCAAACAACAAAAAUGUGAUGAGCAUGAUCCUCCAAAGUCACCAUACCAAUAUUGUUCUGAUCUCCGUUUUGGGAGUAAAAGUCAAAAUACACAAACUACAGAUAUGUUGCGAGAGGUCUGCAUAUUGACUUCAGAUGAUGAAGUAAACUACUACACGUUUCUCGAUAAUUAUUUUAAAAGAAUUCAAGCUUUUUAUAUUUAGAUGUAGUCGCGGAAGAUUUGGCCAUCAAAAAAUGGUGUGAAAAUCAAUUUAAUGCCGGAUUCAAGAUUCAAUAGAUAGAUAUUAGGCAUAUUAAAAGAUGUGUUUUCAAUAAACAAUUGUAUUGUAAUUUUAUUUAAUCAUUGUAUUUUAAAAUAUAUAACAUUAACAAAAAAAAUCGGUGAAUCAACUUAUGUUGUGUAUUAAGUAUGUUUUAAGUGUAAAUGCUAAAU